GGAGAUGGAUUGAUAGUCCUCAGUGAUAGGUAGUUUAAUAAGUAACUUACUGGUGAAGACCGAGUUUCAUUAGCCAUAUGUACAUUUAUUCAAAAUACACUUUAAAAUACAUUUUAAUAUACCUCUACCUUUAGGGAGGCGCGUUACAGUAAUUCACAUCUGUGUUACGUCCCUUAAAAUCAAAUGACGUCGCCCGAUAUAAACUGAAAAACAAUUUCACUUUCAUUUUCUGAAAGACUCAGGAAACCCAAUAUCUGCAUCGUGAAUGAAAAUGGCCCUUCUUGACGUUUGCGGAGGGUCAGAUUGGGUUAAAGAAGACUGGUUCAGUGACGAGAAAGCGUCGGUGGAUAAAGUAAACCAUUUCAAUUUCGCAGCUCACAGACAGGAGUUCGCGGUACCGGUCGGAAUCGAUCCGGUGGCGUUCCUGAAGCCGCUGUCCAGCAGCGAUGGAGUGGACGGAGUGAAGAUCGAACUGAACCAUGGGACCACCACUUUGGCCUUUAAGUUCCAGCAUGGGGUGAUGGUAGCCGUGGAUUCCAGGGCUACCAAGGGCUCUUAUAUCGCCGGUCAAUUCUAUAACAAGGUCAUCGAGAUAAACCCCUACUUAUUGGGUACCAUGUCUGGGAGUGCAGCGGACUGCAUGUACUGGGAAAGGUUGCUGGCCAAGGAAUGCAGGGUAUACGAGCUGAGGAACAAGGAGAGGAUCUCAGUGUCUGCUGCCUCCAAACUGCUGGCCAACAUGGUGGUGGGUUACCGGGGAAUGGGCCUCUCCAUGGGCACCAUGGUCUGCGGCUGGGACAAGAAGGGCCCCGGCCUGUACUACGUUGACGACUCUGGGCUGCGUUUGAGCGGGAACAUGUUCUCCACCGGCUCGGGCAACUCCUACGCCUACGGCGUGAUGGACAGCGGGUACCACUACGACCUGACGGUGCCCGAGGCCUACGAGCUGGCGCAGAAAGCCAUCUUCCAUGCCACCUGCCGGGACGCCUACACCGGAGGAACCGUCAACAUGUACCACAUGAGGAAGGACGGCUGGAUCAAAGUCUCGCAGGAAGACGUGGCGGACCUGUACUACCGCUUCGCCAGCGAGAAGAAGUGAUUCCCCGUGCCACAGCAUCACACAAUACCCUGGAAACAGGAAGCAGGAAGCAGGAAGCCCACGUCCUCAUUUUCGCUCGCCAUAUUUCACGAUCAUCAUGUUUGCUGUCGACCGACAUGUAUGCGGUCCUGGACGGGAAAAAUUUAUUUCGGUUUUGGGCUGUCAUUCUUAAUAAACUGCAAUGUUUUGGGCA